UUGCCCCAGGGUGAGCUGGGCUGUGUUAUUUACACACUAUGUAAGCACACCGCAGUGGCUUUUCAAACAAGUUCUGCAGUUGAGAAUGUACCAAGCAUGCAGCUAAUCUCAACUGGAAGAUUUAUUCCUGCAGAAAAGGAAGGAGGUCUCAACUGCUUUGAGAUUUGGGUUCCUUCUGAGUGCAUGAUGCUUUCCUUGAGGAACCUUGUGGGGCCGCUGAGUUGCUGACGAGUCCCCGUUUCCAUCUGAAGAGAAGACAACAUCUUGAACCUUGAAGCAGCAAUGCUGGUGAAGGAAUAUCGGAUUUGUAUGCCUCUCACCACUGAAGAGUACCGAGUUGGGCAGCUUUACACCAUCAGUAAGCACAGCCAUCAGGAGAGCGACAGAGGAGAAGGGGUGGAAGUGGUGAAAAACGAACCUCACGAAGACCCCGUCCAUGGGCCAGGCCAGUUCACAGAGAAGAGGGUUCACCUGUCCAGCAAAUUGCCUAGCUGGGCCCGGGCAGUAACACCACGAAUCUUCUAUAUCACCGAGAAAGCCUGGAACUAUUAUCCGUAUACCAUCACAGAGUACACAUGCUCGUUUCUGCCAAAAUUUUCUAUCUACAUAGAGACCAAGUAUGAAGAUAAUUGUGGAAAUGGCACCAACAUAUUUCUCAAUGAAAAAUUAUUGGGAGACCAUGAUGUGAUGUUCUUGGACAUUGCUUUUGAUGAAAUCCCAGAACGCUACUACAGGAGCUUAGAGGAUCUCCGGUCCUUCUGCUCAGCUAAGACUGGUCGCGGGCCACUACAGGAAGGCUGGCGGGAACAUACACAACCCAUCAUGUGCUCUUACAAGUUGGUGACGGUCAAAUUUGAAGUCUGGGGACUGCAAACACGGGUAGAACAAUUUGUCCACAAGGUCAUUCGAGAUAUUUUACUCAUCGGGCAUCGCCAAGCCUUUGCCUGGGUGGACGAGUGGUCUGGCAUGACCAUGGAUGAAGUCCGUUUAUACGAGAAGGAGACCCAGCAGGCCACCAACGACAUCGUGGGCAUCAUGACGCCCACCAUUGCCAUCAGCGAAGUCCACCUGCCCCCAAGCACUCAGAGCGCCCCCUCCAGCGCCCCCUCCACGCCGCUCAGUGGAGAAGCCCCCGAGUUCCUCCAUGUGCCCAAGGACCGCCAGCGGAAGAAAUCUGCCCCAGAAAUGCUCUCGCUGCCAGUGCUGCGGGAACGUUCCAACCUGGAGUAGCAACUGCUUCGAGCCCCUAUUUCCCAUCCUUGCAGAGGAGGCUCCCUAAUUCAUUUCUGCAGAAGAGGAUCCAGUGUCCUUGAUGUCUUUGGUUUUUCCCCCUAAAUUGUUUUUUAAUUCCAGGCUUUGCUUUGUAUUCAGCAAGAGAGAUGAACUCCUGUUGAUGGAA